AUGCUAUACUUGGUUGGCCUCGGCCUCUCUGAUGAGACGGAUAUCACAGUCAAGGGACUUGCCAUCGUCAAGAAAGCAUCCCGCGUCUACCUCGAAGCAUAUACAUCCAUCCUCCUAGUCGACAAGAGUAUUCUGGAGCAAUACUAUGGCCGGGAAGUAAUCAUCGCCGAUCGCGAGAUGGUAGAAAGUGCCAGCGACGACAUUCUCCACGAUGCGCAAAACGUCGAUGUAGCGUUCUUAGUCGUCGGAGACCCCUUUGGGGCAACAACACACACCGAUCUCGUCCUCCGCGCGCGCUCCCUCAACAUCCCCAUAGCCACCAUCCCGAACGCAUCAAUCAUGUCCGCCAUCGGCGCAACGGGGCUCCAGCUCUACAACUUCGGGCAGACGGUAUCGAUGGUGUUCUUUACGGAUUCCUGGAAACCGGCGUCGUUCUACGAUCGGAUUCGGGAGAAUCGCACGAUUGGGCUGCAUACGCUUGUUCUGCUGGAUAUCAAGGUCAAGGAACAGAGCUUGGAGAAUAUGGCGAGGGGGAGGAAGGUUUAUGAGGAGCCGAGGUAUAUGACUGUUGGCCAGUGUGCGGCGCAGAUGCUGGAGAUUGAGGAGGUGAAGCGGGAAGAGGGACAAGACCAGGCGGGCGUGUAUACGGAGGAGAGUUUGGCGGUGGGCGUUGCCAGGGUUGGGGGAGACACGGAGAAGUUUGUUAGUGGGACAUUGAAACAGCUUUGUGAUGCCGAUGAGGAGCUGGGUGGGCCAUUGCAUAGUUUGGUGUUGUUAGGGAGGAGAACACAUGAAUUGGAGAGUGAUUAUGUGAGGGAGUUUGCGGUGGACAAGGAGAAUUGGGAUAGGAUUUGGAAGAGGGAUUAUGCGGGGCAGCAAUGA